AUGCAGACCAACAGCAGCGGAGCAGUGCCAGUGUCCACCCAAACCCUCUCUGUCCCCAGUGUCACCUACGUGGUGCCUCAGGCUUCUGUCUGGCCUGGGGCACCAGGUGUCCAGGCACAGGGAGUGCAGCUCCCACCCGGGGGGAUGCCCCAAGUGGUUCAGCUGCCACCUGGGGGGAUCUCCCAAGUGGUUCAGCUGCCAUCUGGGGUGACAACCCAAGUGGUGGGUCAGCUCCCACCUGGGGGGGUCCCCCAGGUUGUGGGUCAGCUCCCACCUGGGGGGGUUCCCCAGGUUGUGGGUCAGCUCCCACCUGGGGUGCUGCCCCAGGUUGUGGGUCAGCUCCCACCUGGGGGGAUGCCCACAACAGUGGUUCAGCUGCCACCUGGGGCGGUCCCUCAAGUUGUGGGUCAGCUGCCUGCUGGGGUGACAACCCAAGUGGUGGGUCAGCUCCCACCUGGGGUGACAACCCAAGUGGUGGGUCAGCUCCCAUCUGGGGUGCUCCCCCAAGUUGUAGGUCAGCUCCCAUCUGGGGUGCUCCCCCAAGUUGUGGGUCAGCUGCCCCCUGGGGGGAUGCCCACAACAGUGGUGCAGCUCCCACCUGGGGCGGUCCCUCAAGUUGUGGGUCAGCUGCCCGCUGGGGUGAUGCCCCAAGUCGUGGGUCAGCUCCCACCUGCGGGGAAUCCCCCAACUGUGGGUAAGCAACCACGUGGGAGGAAGGCCCCAGCUGUGGGCAAGCGGCCACGUGGGGGGAAGCCCCCAACCGUGGGUCAGCUCCCACCUCAGGGGGUGCCUCCCAUUGUGGUUCAGCUCACUCCCGAGGGGCUGCUCACUGUUUUGGAACAUCUCCCACCUGGGUGGCAGCAGUUACCCCUGCUCUUGCUCCUACCCGGGGGCAUGAAGCCAGGUAUGCCUCCCCCCAAUGCCCCUGCCCACUACUGGGAUCAUCCCCCGGUGGCAGGGACGAUGCAGCCCCAGCAGUGUGGGCAGCCCCCGCAGCCCGCAGGCAGCUGCCCGCUGCAGGCUGCCAGCCAGCCCGGCCCCUCCACUGUCCUCCAAGGACCUCCGGUGCAGCAGCGGGUGCGCCUCGUGCCCGGCACCCUGCCCACCAUCUUAGAGCAGCCCGAGGAGCUGGAGGACCAGGGGCAGCCAGCACCCAUCGGCGUGUGCCCCCAUCCCAACGCGGCUCCGCUCAGCUGCAGCAUCGCAGCGCUGGAAUCAGGUGCAGCGACAACCAGCGCAGACAUCCCGGAGGACAUCACCGACAUCGGUGACCUCCUGGCUUGGAUGAACAGCGAACUGGCACCCAAAGAGGUCCCGGACGACAUCCCGGGCACGGAUGAGGACGCGGCCGAGUGCCCAGCCCCUGCCUGCACCCCCAGCGGGCACCAGCAGAGCGCUGGCAGCAUCCGAGCCACCAAGAGGAAGCUGCCGCAGAGCCAGGAUGCUCCAGAACAAAAGCGCUCGCGCUAG